AUGCCAUCUUAUCAAGAAUAGAGUUUAUAAUAGAGUAAAAAAAUAAGGAAAGAUGAUUUUAUGAAAAGAUAAAAGGAGGAUGUUAAAAGUUAAGAAGCAUUUUUCACAAGAGAAGAUGAAAUUUCAGAAAUUAAUGAAUAAGGAGAAAAUGAGAAAAAUGGUCUAAAUUCUAGCGUUAAGAAAAAUUUUAUAGAAGAAUAUGGAUUUGAAAUAGAUAACUAAUUUGAUUUCAAGAAAGAUAAAAUAAAGCCUAAUGAUGGCUAUGUUUAGAUGAUACCUAAUGAACAAAAUGGCAGGUUGAUGAAUUGCUGGUUUGUGGAAUGGCAUCAUCAAAAGAGAUAAAUUUGA